CGAAUUGUGGAUGAUUGUGGUGGAGCCUUCACUAUGGGUGUCAUUGGAGGUGGAGUCUUCCAGGCUAUCAAGGGCUUCCGCAAUGCCCCUGUUGGAAUUCAACAUCGGUUAAGGAGUGGUAUCAACAAUGUGAGGAUCCAUGCACCCCAGAUUGGAGGUAGCUUUGCAGUGUGGGGGUUCCUGUUCUCAACCGUGGACUGUGGCCUGGUGCAGCUGCGAGGCAGGGAGGAUCCCUGGAACUCCAUCACUAGUGGUGCAGUGACUGGGGCUGUGCUGGCUGCCCGCAGUGGACCAUUAGCAAUGGUGGGCUCAGCGAUGAUGGGGGGAAUUCUAUUAGCCCUCGUUGAGGGUGUUAGCAUCCUCCUCACUCGCUUUACCUCUCGACAGUUCCGCAAUGUAGCCCCAUUGCUAGAGGACCCCAGCCAGCUCUCCCCUAAGGAGGAUACCCCAGACACAGACUUUCCCAGCUGUCAGCAAUAUCAUUGAGGAAGCCGCCACAUGACACCACC